GGGCGUGGGGUCCGGCUUUUGUGCUCUGGAGCCGGGUGUCGGGGCUACCCCGUGCUCUGCUCCGCCAGAUUCUCCUUUGCUCUUUCUGAGCAAAAAAAAAAAAAAGUCUUUGCUAUUUUGCUUUUUUUCCCUCUCCCUUUCCUUCGCAGCUCAGCAUGCAGAAAAAAGACGCUACCCUGAACGGUUUCCUGCCCAGAUUCCAACAUUUCGCCACGCAGGCCAUCCACGUGGGCCAGGAACCGGAGCAAUGGAACUCUCAGGCUGUAGUGCCCCCCAUCUCAAUGUCCACCACGUUCAAGCAAGGGGCUCCCGGACAGCACUCGGGUUUUGAAUACAGCCGGUCUGGAAACCCUACCAGGAACUGCUUGGAAAAAGCGGUAGCGGCACUUGAUGGAGCCAAGCACUGUUUGGCCUUUGCUUCGGGUUUAGCAGCCACUAUGACCAUUACUCACCUCUUAAAAGCUGGGGACGAAAUUAUUUGUAUGGAUGACGUGUAUGGAGGUACCAACAGGUAUUUCAGAAGAGUGGCAAGUGAAUUUGGAUUAAAGAUUUCUUUUGUUGACUGUUCCAAAAUCAAAUUGCUAGAGGAAGCCAUUACUCCACAAACCAAGCUCGUUUGGAUCGAAACCCCCACCAACCCUAGCUUGAAGCUGAUCGACAUCAAAGCCUGCGCGCAGACCAUCCACAAGCACAAAGAUGUCAUCAUGGUCGUGGAUAACACUUUCAUGUCGGCGUAUUUCCAGCGGCCUUUGGCUCUGGGAGCUGAUAUCUGUAUGUAUUCAGCAACAAAAUACAUGAAUGGCCACAGUGAUGUUGUCAUGGGCUUAGUGUCUCUCAAUUCUGACACCCUCCAUGAAAAGCUCCGUUUUUUGCAAAAUUCAAUCGGCGCCGUCCCGUCCCCUAUGGACUGUUUCCUCUGCAAUAGGGGUCUGAAGACUCUUCAAGUCCGUAUGGAGAAGCAUUUUGAAAACGGAAUGGCCGUCGCCCACUUUCUGGAGUCACAUCCUCUGGUGGAGAAGGUUAUCUAUCCUGGGCUCCCCUCACAUCCGCAGCACGAGCUGGCCAAGCGCCAGUGCACGGGGUGCCCGGGGAUGAUCACCUUCUACAUUAAGGGCACCCUGCAGCACGCCGAGAACUUCCUCAAGAACCUAAAGUUAUUUACCCUGGCUGAGAGCUUGGGCGGAUAUGAGAGUCUUGCUGAACUUCCGGCCAUCAUGACCCAUGCCUCGGUUCCUAAGAGUGACAGAGAGGUCCUGGGCAUUAGCGACACGCUGAUUCGACUCUCUGUGGGCUUAGAAGAUCAAGUCGACCUCCUGGAAGAUAUAGACCAAGCUUUGAAGAAAGCCCACUCUUAAAAUGCAAGUUGCGACCAGCAUUCCAACACCGGGAUUAGCAGCUGCUUCCUGAGAUGGGCAAAUCUUCGGAAUAAUUCAGCCACUCAGGAGACAUCAAGGAAUUUUCGAGAGAAAAAUUUUAAGGCCUCGCAUUACCUUUGAUAACUGUCAUCUUCCAGGGAUCAGUCCUUGUUAAAAAAAAAAAAGUUUCCCCUUUCUCUUCUUGUGAUUAAUAGGCCAAUUGUGUUGAUAUCUUUUCAUUACUCUUGCAGUCUGUUUCCCUCUGAAGAGGUGAGAUUUGUACUACUCUGAGGCAGGGGACAAUGUUUUUUUCACUGAUAAAGAUUUGUAAUGAUCAUGUUGAUAAUGUAAUAGCUAAUUCUCCUGUUUUCUGAAAAGUGUAAAUUAUUUGAUGAAUGUUUUGAAAUCAGUACUGUUUUUAAAAGGUUUUUUAAACAGGACUCAAAACUGUGGUUUACACUUACAAACCAAAAAAUCAAAUACUUGAGAAGUCUGUUGUAAAAUUGUACUGAUUAAAGGUUGUACAUAAAUUUAAAAAAAUUUAAGAAUAAAGGUGAUUAGCACGUA